AUGGCAUCAAACAACUGAUCACAGGCGUGGCUAUUUUCAUAAAUUUUGAAUGAAAACUAGUAUUUUUACGCCUUUUGAAUAGAAAUUAGUCAUCAAACUACUAGCGUGUGUUCAACUCAAUUCACCAUUGUGAAUCUUAUCCUUUCACGCCCUAUGGAAAUGGUGAUUUAGGCAUAAGUGUUGGGUGCCGUUGUAUUGGUUUUUGAUUCGUGUAUUAUAUGGUAAAUCACGAUGUACGGGCGUAAAACUCCGUCUACGUAUCGCUCUACGCCUUCAGUGUAUUCUCAUUACACGACCAAGUCAUCCACUAACCUCCGAUCGUCAAAGUCGGUGAGGUCCCUCCGCCUGCCAUGGUACCAGAAGCCGAUACUCCACGAUGCUUUCUUUCUUGAUCUACAGAGGGGAUCCCUUCUUACUGGUUUCAUUUCUCUUUUCAUAGCUCUCUUCACGUUCGCGCAAAGCAUCUUCGACCUGUACUGCCUGGGGAUGGCGGCACCCGGCUCAGUGCACUACGGUUACUACGUCAUCAGCUACCAGUUUGUUUACGUUGGCAGCGCACCCGUCCGCAAUGUCCUGAUCGUGUUCUCUCUCUUCUCCUGGAUCGGGUCGGUAGCUGUUCUGGUGACCAGUAUCCUGCUCAUCUACGCGUUGAGAAAGGAAUACGAAAAACGCAUCGUUCCCUGGCUAUACACCUUCGGAGUGUUCAUAUUAUUCCGACUGAUCGCGUUUCUGUUCGCUGCGAUUGUGAAUGACAUGAUUUUCGCGUACAACGUGAUGAUGUGUUUGCUAUGGGUCGUGUUCUGUGUGUGCGGCGCUUAUGGAUGGCUACUGGUCUAUAGUUUAUAUUUGGAAUUGGCUGAUCUGACGAAGCUGGAGGAUUUGGCUCAUUUGAGGAUGGGCACAAUGGCGUCUCUCAACGCGUCAUUAGCUGGAUCCCGUCCCACCACCCCUCACAGCACUGUAUCUACCAUGCCCGCCUCGCAGAUAUGAUGCGAGAGGCUCACGCUGCCUGACAGACCACACACG